UGUAGAAGGAUAAUAUCGUGUAAAUUUUAAGAAUGUGACAUAAGAAAAUUGAAAACAAAGAAAUGUAUUAGUCAUAGAUAUCAAAGAACGCUAUCUACAGAUGAAAAUAAUCACGAGAAAGUAAUAGUAUAGGCACUAUUGGUUAUUUUAGUCUGCAGUUGAAAGCUAACUUGGGUAAGAAUGGAGGAAGCUCAGGAGAAUGUGAAUCAUGCGGCAGAAGUUGCUCGACAGGCCACUCACUUCGAUGCGAGUGGAAGUCACCAGGCAGCCAUAUACAUGUAUAGACAGGCAGCGGAGUACCUGCAGAGAGCCAUGACGCUGGGGUUGUCAACACCAGCACUACAGGACCAUGCCACGAAGUACAAAGACCGAGCUGAUCAACUAGAGAAUCUGGACAGUCAAGCCCAGUCAGCCCAAAACAAGAUGGAAGGAGGCCAGAGUGAGUUGAGCCGUGCAAACUUCCUACUGUUAGAAGCAUUUGAGGAGGAUGAGGCUGGAAACAUGGAGGAAGCCAUCGAACACUACACCAAUGCUGUUCAGCUAUGCCUUGAGGCGAUGAAGACUAUAGAGGAUCAAAAAAUGUCAGACAAGUUGAGGAAACUGGCAGAGCAAGCUUUGACCCGGGCAGAGGUCCUCAAGGCCCAGAGUUCACCUGAAGAGGAGCAAAAAGCCAGCAUUGGAGAAGGAACAGGUGCUUCGCUGUCAUCUGUAAGGCCAGCACACCAACGGGUCUCCCCCACACGUGUCAUUCCCCCCCUUGGGAUAGGCAACUUGGUUAACUCUAGACCACAGCCUCAGGCAAAGGCUGGUCCUUCAAGUAAAAGUGGGUUGCAACUGUCUGGGAGUGCUGGCUACACAAAAGAGGAGCUGGACGUUCUCAGAAGAACCUCAAACAUCAAUGGACGUGAUUAUGUCCCCUUCCUGGCAGUGGACCUCAAGGAAAAAUUUGCAUACUCUAUACCCUUUUCUGACAAGGAUGGAGUUCUUGCACUUGCCCCAAAGCAAAAGAAGAACUUUUUGCAGUGGGUGAGACCAGAGGACCUCUCCAGUGACCCCAAGAUGAUUGAGAUGGUUGACUGCUUUAGCAUCAAGCAGACAUGUGUGUCUGACUGCUCCUUUGUGGCUUCUGUUGCCAUCAGUGCCCUGUAUGAGAAGAGGUUUAAGAAGCGGCUCAUUACAGAUAUUAUCUUUCCCAAAAACCGCAAUGGGGAUCCCAUCUACAACCCCUGCGGCAAGUACAUGAUUAAGCUGCACAUCAAUGGCAUCCCAAGAAAAGUGAUUGUAGAUGAUAAGUUACCUCAAGGACAACACGGUGAGCUGCUCUGCUCUUACUCAACUAACAAAAAUGAGUUCUGGAUCUCUUUGGUGGAAAAAGCCUACAUGAAGGUGAUGGGUGGCUAUGACUUCCCUGGCUCUAACAGCAACAUCGACCUCUAUGCCCUUACUGGCUGGAUCCCAGAAAGGGUCUCCAUCAAAGACAAGGAAUUCAACAAGGAUGCCACGUUCAGGAAAAUCAUCGACCGUUUCCACAAAGGUGAUGUUCUAGUCACGGUGGCAACUGGGGAGAUGACUGACGCGGAGGCGGAUAGAGCGGGCCUCGUCCCCACGCACGCCUAUGCCAUGCUGGACAUUAAGGAAGUCAAGGGGAAACGUUUGCUGAUGUUGAAAAAUCCUUGGUCGCAUCUCCGUUGGAAAGGCAAUUACUCAGAGAUGGACCAGGCACAUUGGACUCCAGAAAUGUGCAAGCUCCUCAACUAUGAUCCAAAAAGUGCACAGAUGUUUGAUAAUGGUGUCUUCUGGAUUGACUAUGAUAGCCUUUGUCAUUUUUAUGAUGUUAUAUACAUGAACUGGAACCCACAACUUUUCUCCUACACCUAUUGUACACAUGAGACUUGGUCUGCUGGCACGGGCCCCGUACGUGACUUGUACAACAUAGGAGAAAAUCCCCAGUAUUCGCUAGAUGUGCAGUCUCCAGGUGGAACAGCUGUGUGGGUUCUGCUCACGCGACACAUCACGGAAAUAGAGGAUUUCCGCAACAACAAAGAAUAUAUUACCCUCCUUGUGUAUAAGACUGGAGGGAAGAAAAUAUUUUACCCAUUUGACCCUGCACCCUUCAUUGAUGGCGUGCGAAUCAACAGUCCCCACUACCUAUGCAAGAUGGUGCUGAAGGAACCAGGCUCUCACAAAUUCACUCUCGUCGUGUCCCAGUAUGAGAAGCACCUGACGAUUCACUACUCGUUGCGGGUUUAUGCAACGUGUCCCUUUACCUUGCAGAAGAUUAAGAAUUAUUGCAAACACAAGCAAGAGAUCACUGGCCGCUGGAGUGGACCUAAUGCAGGGGGAUGCCCCAAUCACCCAGCAACAUACAAGAACAACCCAACAUAUCAGUUUAGGGUUGAACAUGAGAUGCAAACUCUCAGAAUCGAACUCAAGGCUCCAAAAGACAUACAGAUUGGUUUUGAGAUUGUAUGUGUAGAGGCAAAGAAUACAGAAGCAAGUGGUUAUUUUGCAAAGAAGCAGACUGGAGCUUACAGAUCGGGCUUUGUGGUGUUGGAGGUCAUGGAUGUGGUGCCAGGAGUCUACAACGUCACCCCUAGCACCUUCUACCCCAACACAGAGGCCCCCUACUUCUUGAAUUUCUUCUCGUCAGCUCCGGUCAAAGUCAGCAAGUUGAAGUAGAGGAGUCGAGUGUGGUUGAGUCACGUUUGUCAGUUGCCUCUCUUUGAGCAUUUUAUGUGAAUUAAUAUAUGUGUAUUUUUUAGGGAAGGGUGGGGGUGGCAGGUAGAUUCUUCUAGUGUUUGAAAAAAAAUAGGAAAAGAAUUUUUUGUUUUGAUGGAAACUUAAGCGAAUAGGAUACUUGGAAAGUACUCCUAAAGUCAUAGUGAAUUAGACAUUGUGGAAACUUUAUUUUAUUAUUAUCUUUUGACACUGCCUGAUGAAUUUUUUACUUGAAUCAGAAAAUGAUGCUAUGGAAGUACAAGAUUUUUAUCAUUGUCUGUUUACAAUUCAAUCAUUUUUGAUAGUUAGAACAAAUAAGGUAUUAUUAUGAAUACAUGGAUGAUUAGGUCUUUGAAGAGAUACAAUAAUUAUACAUUUGGGAGUAUUCAUGUAGAUUUUGGAGAAGAAAGUAAGUCACAAAGUAUGUUGUGCUUUAAGAGAUCAUCUUUUUUUAGAACAUGACAAUACCAACAGUAAAACCUGUGCUUCAGCUUAAAUUUGGGAGACAUGUGCUCAGAGUUGUGCUUAUUUAUUCAUUAAUGUUUAUUACAUUGUAAUUUGUAUUAUAGUUAUAUAUUUUUUUCUUCCUAUAAACAAGGUGGUCCAUAUGUUAAAUAAAAAUAGAAAAUUAUGUUUAUGAGUUCUGUGAAACAAAGAUAAUGUUACACACACACACACAUACAUACAUACAUACAUACAUACAUACAUACAUACAUACAUACAUACAUACAUACAUACAUACAUACAUACAUACAUACAUACAUACAUACAUACAUACAUAUGUAUGUAUGUUUGUUUGUGACUGUAUUUAUGCAGAUGUAUAUCUGUACCUGUAUAUAUAGAUAGAUAUACAAAGGCCAUAGAACAUAGAUAUUGCAUAAUGCAGUUUCAACCAUUUGCAAGAUUUUCAUAUGAUAAUAAAUCAACAUUUUUCUCAGGUGCCACACAUAUUUAUAUCUGAUUAAUGGACUGUGAUUAUUAAUUCUCGGUGAUUUAAAUCCACUUGUCCACUGAAAUCCAAGACUGCCAAAAUUGCCAAGACUUAAGCUGUGAAAUCAAGAACUGAUCAGAUUCUCAUCCAUGACACUUAUCAGAGGAUUAGGAAAUUUAUGCAUAUCAUAGCAGGCUUUUGAGUUCCAUUCUACUGUUUUCUUUGAGGCUAGAUCCUGUCAUCGAAGAGUAGUUUUAAAAACGUUACUAAGUCUAGAUAUCAAAGAUUACAUUAUGGAUAUUGCUGAUUAAAAUAAGGACUACUGAUACUACAGAAUAAGGUGAAGAAUUAUGAAAAUAUUUAUGAAUGUGUUCCCAAAGAAUAAGACUUGAUUAGGACUAGAUUUCCUGCUCGUAAGUCCAGGCAAUUGAUUUAGAUUCCAGUGACCAUGUGGUAUUUGAUAUUUAAUGGAACUUUAUAACUAUUGUUGAUUAAAACCUUUUCUAUGCAUAGUUAAUUUACAUCUACAAUUUUUUGUUCUUUUGCUAAUUGUUUAGGUGUUUAAUUGCUAAUUUUAAGUGAUAAUAAUUGUAAAUAGUAAAUGCAAAUGUUUAUAGAUUUGAUGUUGCUUUAUGUUUCUUGUUAUAUGAGAUCUUGUUUGGAUUAAAAGUGAAAUUAGAACUGAUAUGGCAGUCUCAUAAGAAGAAAGGAGAUCAGAAAAUUGACCAAAUGAAGAAUUGAAAAAAUGAAGGUAGCAAAGUUUAACCCAAUGCCGCUGGGGAAAAUGAAUAAGAUUUGGGGAAAAAGCUGUACUCAUUUUUUAUAUUUUUUGUGAAAUGUCUCUGCACAUAGAUGGCUCUGCUAGUGCUUAGCCUUACCUGAUUUCACCUUUCCUUGAAUUGGCGGGAAAAUGUAUUUUUUACUAGUGCUAUGAGUAUCGAUGGUGUUAUUUUUAUUAUAAACUUUAUAAAUACUAUAAUGAUAUAAACAGUAGUAACAGCAAAAUAGGAUAACAUAAAAUAUUUUCCUAAAUCAAAGAAAAAGUAAGAUGGGCGAGACAGGCAGUACUCGUAAUUGGCUCUUUGGUGACUUAGUACAAGUGAAGCCAUCUAAGUGUAAAAAUAAUUAAACAUUGGGCAUGGCAUACACGUACAUGUCAUGUCCGUCGGCAUUGGGUUAAGAAUGGAUGCAGGAAAAGAGAAGUGUGAAGAGUGGGGGUGGGGGGGGUCAUAGAAGUAGAUUGUGAGAAGGGGGGAUGGAGAGAACAGAAGCAAAAAAGAUGAGAGUGAGAAUAAAUCAGAAUAUGAACAGAAUUUUUUUUCCAUAGAAUGAAUAGAAAAGUCAUGUUAUUUUUUUUAUUAGGCAGUUGAUAUUUUUUAUUUUAUUAUUUUGUUUUAUAUUAUUAAAAAAAAAAAAUAUGGUGUUGGAAUAAGUAUACCAUAUGUGUAAUUAUUCUCUGGUAAGUUAAAAAUGGUGCCAUGUUUAUUAAAUAUCUCGAAGAAUUUUUUAAAACUUUAAAUGAGAUCAUUGCAAUGCUUACUUCGUAUAAUUUUUUAAUUCUAUGUAUUACAAAUUGAUAGUUAAUAUGAGUAAAUGUAGCAACUGUAUAUUUUUCCCUUUUACAAAGCUUUCAUUUAUGAUCAUAUGCUUAUUGUAUAGGAUUUUUAUAUAUCAUUUUUCAACAAAAGAAACAUCUCAGUAAAUAUCAUGUCAUAGCUUAUAGGUGAUGGGUGCAAAACACACACUUAAGUAUGGACCAGGAAACUUGCCAAUAUGUAAUUUUAAAACCUUUAUAAGUGACUUUAACAGUUUGUGCAUUUGGGAUAUAUGCUGCUUAUGUAUAUAUAUUUUUUAUCCAUUUGCUGCUUCUCCAUGUUCUGGGUAUUUUUCUUAAUAUUAUUAAUCUUCACUUUUUUGUCUCAUUCUCUCCUCUACUUUCUUCUCUUUCUACCAUAUCCUUAUCAUUGAUUUUCUGUCAUUCUGCUACUUCUUAUCCCUUUCUAAAGAUUGCUUCCAGUUUUGUAUGGUGUUAAGUUGACAAAUGUAGCAUUUCGUAGUAUGCUCUGUGGUUACUUACUAAACUGAGAUGUGCAAAUGUUUGUUGUCAUUUUUUUUCUGCAAUUUUGGAAAUAGACAUGUGUAGAUUUCCAGGGAAGGAAAGUUUAUAGUAUACUCAUGUGAGAUGAAGUUUAUUUGCUUUUUUUCUAUUUUUUCCAUUAAAAAGAGGCACUUCAUUCUGUACAUACAUCAGAUUUUUUUUUCCAAAAUACAUAUACCAUGUAUAAGGAGAGUUAAGUGUGUUUUUUCACUUUUAUUCAUGAAUAUCAGUUUCCCCUCAAAAGAUUUAUAAUAGAGGGAACAUAGCUUACUUUUGUACUAUAAAGAGCUCUGUUUGCUAUAUAUACAGUAUCUGUAAGUAAACACAAUGAAUAUAGUUCAGUAAAGUAAAAGAACUGAAAGAAAAUAAAAUUGGAGGUGAAAUAUAAAAAUCAUAAAGUGGAAGUGUGAUAGUUUCUGGAGUAAGGUGAUGUCAUUUGUAUAAGAAUCUCUGUAUUGAGAGAUACCUUGAGAAAGAUGUGCAAAUUUAUUGGAGUAAGAUAAUGAGUUAAGUAUAAAUUAAUUUUUAUACUGACUAAGUGUAAAGAAACUGUUAACAUGGGAAAGUGCAUCAGUGUAUGUAAUGGAGAACUAUAAGAAAUAUAAGGCUAACAAAAAGACAUAAAAUAGAGGGACUGAUAUAGUGUUCCCUUUAGGAAAUAGAUCCUGUAUGCUCUCUACUGGAAGCUGGAUGUUACAUAAGAACCCCUAUUGAUGUUGGGGUGUCUUGCAUUUUGGAAUGUUAAAAAUAAUGUGAACAAGAAAUGCUCCUUAAUGCAGUGUUGCUAGAAAUGGCACAUAUAUUCAUGCCAUUAAUUGUAUUUGCUCUUAGAUGGCGCCACAAGUGCCUUAGUCACCAAUGAGUCAAUCACUAUAUAGUCCAACCUAUCUCACUUGUUUAUCUUUUUCCUUGAUUUUAUAAAGUAUUUUGUCUUAUUUGAUAUUGUUAGUACUGUUGAUAGUUUUUAGUAACAAUAAGGUCAAUAAUGAUAAAAACUGCAUCAUCACAUUUUUCCCAAAAACUCAAAGGAAGGUGAAUAUAGGUGAGGUCCUGUAGACUGCUGAUUGAAUCCUUGGUGGCUGUAAAAUUGUAGUGUCAUCUAUGGGUAGAUACAUUUCACAAAACAAUACUACAGUGGACAUCACAUUCUUCCAGUGGCGUUGGGUUAAACAGAUGUUGAGAAAGAUGUGAAUGUGAUGAUUAAUAAUUCAUCUUGCCUUCUAUAAUUAUUCAUUCUCAUUCAUGUCUUUCUAAACGUGUUUUAUUACAUCCAUUAAGAGUCUCUGAAAAAAAGAAAUAUUUGAUAAAAACAUCAUAUGCACACCAACUAUUUAUAUGUACAUGAGUUCUUAAAAUUGUGACUGUAGUUCGUGUGAUUUUUUCCUUUCUGUCUUUGUGUGUAGUAGUAUGAAGGAAAAUGUUUUGUGAUAGUUUUACAUGUUGCUAAUGUUUGAUGGGAAGAAGCUAGGAUAGAUGUAGAAGAGAUAGGAUUUUAGGUGAAUACAUAGAUAAUGUUUGUUAGUAGAAAAAAGUAGUUAUAGGGAAGUUUAGUUGUAGAUAUAUAUGAUUUGUAAUUAGAUUUUGUUAUAUCUGAUUUGGAUUUCUACUGUGAUAAAUGUUUGUUUUUUGUAUUCUUGGUGUUAGUGACAAUAUACUGUAUCUAUUGCAAAUAUUCCAUCCACAUUUUAAUGUCUUUACUUUGAUUAUAUUGUAUGAAUGCAUUUUCAAUUUGUAAAAUAUAUUGUAAUAAGCAA